AAGCUCAGAGUAAGCCUUAUUACUCGGACUACUCCCCCACUCGUCUCCUCAUCCACAAGAUGUGCACCUCCCAGUAUCUGGACCUCUUCAUUACCAUCGUCAUCGCACUCAAUGUCAUCACCAUGGCGAUGGAACACUACCAGCAGCCAAAGGUAGGAUCUGAGCAAUGAUGGGGUUUGUAGUUUUAAGGUAGUGGAUUUGUAGUCGGUUAGUUAUCACCAUGGCCCCUCAGAAAGCACAGACGAAGAUUCCCAUGACAGCCUAGUUUGUAUUCGUUCCCACAUAGUCCAACAUCAUUACUCUGAGAUUUGUAGUUAGUUUGCCUGCACAAAAGGAAAUGAGAAAAGUUAUUUCAAUUCUUCAGGGGAUUUUCUCCACAUUACAUAAAGUAAUACAAACAAUUCAUGAACUAAACUCCCACGCAAAAUAUGUCUCGAUGAAUUGUCAUUGUUUAUUAUCAGCCGCAUUGUGAUUCGUGAUGAAAACAGCUUGAGUUUUUCGAUGAAAUUACCAUGUGUCCAGACAGCUUAUGCAUGAGAAAUAGAUAUAGAGAGAAAGAGAGAGAGAGAGAGAGAGAGAGAGAUAGGAGGAGAGAAGAGAGAGAGAAAGAGAUAGAGAGAUAAGAGGAAGUAGAGAGAGAGAAUAGCGAGAAAGAGAGAGAUCAGAGAUAGAUUAGGAUGCUGUAAGUGUGGCCCAGAGUAGAGCAGAGUCAGUAAAGAGAGCAGAGUCAGUAAAUCCCUAUAGAGUUAGUUGUCUGAUCUUCUCACCACAUGCCUACUAGGAAAAGGUAACUUUUUACAUGGAGAUGGGCAUCGUGCAAUUCCCCCAGGCUACAAGACACUUUUAUAUACCGACAGCCUUUUCAGAGAGAAGGAGAGAGAGGGAGAGGAGGGAGAGAGAGGGCGAUGGUAGGGUGUUGAAAAUGGCUGACUCUGGGAAAAUGUUUACUUUGGGAGAGUAAGACGUCAGAGAGAGACCAUGUAUACAGUAGCUACAACCUAUGGAAUACUGUACUGAUAACCCUCCCUCCCUCCCCCCCCUCCCUCCCUCUCUCCAGGAGUUGGACGAGGCGCUGAAGAUCUGUAACUACAUCUUCACCAUCGUCUUCGUCCUGGAGUCUGUCUUCAAGCUGGUGGCCUUUGGCUUCCGACGUUUCUUCAAGGACAGGUCAGAGGUCACACUUUGUCUCAGAGUAGGCGUGCUGAUCUAGGAUCAGUUUUGCUUUUUAGAGCAAAGCUCUCGUAUAUGGAAAGGGGGAAAUGCUUUGUGAAUAUGGGCCCAGAUAUGGUCCCAGAUUCCCUCAGAAGCAUGUUCAGGUGACGCAGAGAUGAUGGGUGUGAGUUAGUGUGCUGUGGAAAGGUGCAGUGGUGGAUAGCUCACUCUCAGUUAGGCCUUUCUGAAUACAAGCUGCCUCGUUAAACACUAGUAAAGCACACUGCCUCGGAUUAUAUCAUAGCUUUAAAAUCCUUGGCUUCCAACUGAACAACACAAACACACACACACACACAUACACACGCAAUCACACACAAGAGCAUGUACACACGUGCACACACACACAGAUGCACACACACAUGCAGCCAUGUACACACACGCAAACACACACAGGACUACGUACACACACACACGCACUCACUAUACAAUCAGUGCAGACGGUGUGAGUUUGCAGUGGACCUUGUAACCGCGAGGCCUAUGAUAUCAUCUGUGGUUGCCAGAUUAGACCAUUAACCCCCGGCAGAGAUCCAGAGUGUCACAUCACACACACACACACACACACACACACACACACACACACACACACACACACACACACACACACACACACACACACACACACACACACACACACACACACACACACACACACACAGAGGCAGCCAGGUCCCCCGGGGGUCCAUCUGAAAAUGUAAUUGUGUUUAAAGUGAUUUGCUGUAGUGUUGAUUCAUGCAUUCUGAGUGGUUAGACACUGACGUAUCGAGUGGCGUCGGACCCUGCCCUCAGAGAACACACAUACACACACACUGGACCCUGGCAGAUGAAGAAAUAUUGAAAAUAUGAUGAAUUGGCAGACAUGCUCAACGAUGGCAGGGGGGUUAGGAGUUAGACCACAACACACAAACACACCCACACACACAUACACACACACACACACACACACACACACACACACACAUACAUUUCUGAUGGAGCAGAAGUGGAAAAACGUUUACUCUGCUUAGACACAUUGUGUUCUCAUCACCCUCUUUCCAAGACAGAACAGUUCUGCUCGACUUGGAACAGCAAGUUAAUAAUGAUCUUAUGGGGUUUGUUCUGCCAUAUCUAAAAUAAUCUUGGUGGGAAAGUGUAUCAGUGAUUUCUCUCACCAUGUUACUGUAUAACUUUGCUCUAAUGAAACACCUUAGAUGGCCCAGGGCCUCUGACAGAUCCUUGGCUUGUCUCACACACUAACACACUAACUUAAGACCUCCCAAGGCCUGAGGUUUUCUCCAGAUUUCCAUCCUUAUCUUGUUGGCUCACCUUUGAGUAAAGGGACCCUUAUUAUGCACACAUGUGUUAUUGGUGUGUGUAUAACAUGCCCUUGAUGUGUGUGUGUAUAGGUGGAACCAGCUGGACCUGGCCAUAGUGUUGUUGUCUAUCAUGGGUAUCACUCUGGAGGAGAUUGAGGUUAACGCAUCCCUGCCCAUCAACCCUACUAUCAUCAGAAUCAUGAGAGUGCUAAGGAUAGCACGAGGUACACACACAUGCACACACACACAUAUACACACAAACAUACACAUCACAGGAGGCCGCUGAGGGGAGGACGGUUCAUAAUAAUGGUUGGAACGGAGCUAAUGGAAUGGUAUCAAACACAUGGAAACCAUGUGUUUGAUGUAUUUGAAAUCAUUCCACUUAUUCUGCUCCAGACAUUACCACGAGCCCGUCCUCCCCAAUUAAGGUGCCACCAACCUCCUGUGAUACACAUACAUACACACUUUCUUUCUAUCUCUUCUCUCUUUAUUUUGUAUCUCUCUAUCUCUCUCUCUCUUUCUCCACACACACACUCACACACACACUCAUACACGCACACACACUCACACACGCACACGCACAUACACACACUAAAUUUGCCUCCUGUACUGUCCUGCUGUUUUAAUAUGGGUUGUAAAGCAGCGGUAGGUAUUCCAGGGACUCCCUUCUUUGUCAUUUUUGCGUGGCGGGUCAUAGAGCUUCCCUGGUGAGGUGCAACGAGACCAGAUGGCACUGGGAACAAAGUCACCUCACAAACACAGGACUGAGACGGAGAGAGAGAGGAGCUCCGGGAGACAGACUGGGAGACAGACUGUGAGACAGACUGGGAGACAGACUGGGAGUCACACCGGGAGACAGACCGGGAGACAGACCGGGAGACAGACCGGGAGACAGACUGGGAGAGGGAGAAUAGAGGGAACAGAAAUGUAUGGAAAGAAAAGAGGGAAGAGCAGAAGAACAUAGACGCUGCAAGAGACAGCACUGCUCAUCUGCUUCUCUCUGAUUACUGCUCAAUAAAGAGAGGAAAGAUAGGAGAGAGGGUAAACUGAUUACUGUCUGUGUAAAGAAAGGAGGGCAAGAUUAGAGAGAGUGGAGGAAAGAGACAGAGUUAGAAGAGUAAAGAGAACGUACUGAGAGAGGCAGAAGGAAAACAUGGCCGCUCAUCUGCUUUGGGCUGAUUACUGUCUGUGUAAAGAAAGAAGAGGGCAAAAUGUGAAAGAGCGGAGGAUGAUAGGAAGAGGUAGAGGAUGAGGAGAGGUAGAAGAAAGGACAUAAUGAUGAGAGAGGGAUGAGAGAGGUAGAGAAGCUCAUCUGUUCAGUCUGAUGACUGUGUGUGUAAUGAAAGAACUAGCGGUGGGAGUCCUCAUUGAUUAUUAUCACACAGGACCCUAAGGGUGUGUGUGUGUGUGUGUGUGUGUGUGUGUGUGUAUGUUUAAUUAAAGUUGUAGCCGUCCUUCACUGUUACCAACGGCAAUUAACCCUGCCUCCUCCGCCACUGCCCUGUCAGUGACAUCAUCAGACUGCGACCCCAGACAUCAUCACAGAGUGCAACCUCGAUUAGUAUCUCACAGAAUAUGUUUUACUACAGUUAUUCCCAAAUAUCAUUAUUUUCUCUCUCUGUGUGUCCUCAGUGCUGAAGCUACUGAAGAUGGCAGUGGGGAUGAGAGCGUUGCUGGACACUGUCAUGCAGGCUCUGCCUCAGGUAAAGUACAGUAGAAGUACUACCACCAGAUCACUAUGCAUGUUCUUCCGGUCUAAGACAUUUAGCCUUAUCACAUUUAGCCUUUCCAUUGGCUUUAUGGUUGCAUCAGCCAUUUGACUUACGCCCAUCCGAUUCCAUUACUAAUCUUCCUCACCUUCUACUAUAAUAUUAAUCUCUCUCCAUGUUUAUUCCAGGGUACUCCUUGGGAAUGCCCUUCAGACAGGAAUCCUUCUUCCUUACUAACCCAUUUAAGGAAAUUCCUAAAUCUACACUAGUCUAUCCCCAUGAGUUCUCUAUAUCCUCCCCUACUCCAUUUCCCAUGAGUCUCUGUUUUCACUCUGGGGCCUCAUCUGCAUAACCCAUACCCUAUGGAGGAACAGCUGUACCGAUUGGCUGGGUGUUUCUGAUGCAGAAAUAGCGAUGGAGAAAGGGAAGAACUGAUACAAUAGGUAGAAGGGGGGAAGAGUUUUGAAAGAGGAGAGAGAUAGAUAAGAGACAGCGAAAUAGAGAUGAAGAGAGAGGAUGUGAGGCUGCUAGAUGCUGUCGCUGCCAAUUCUCUCUAAAGCUCAGAUUGGAGAGAGAGAGAGAGAGAGGAGAGAGAGAGAGAGAGAGAGAGAGAGAGAGAGGAGAGAGAGAGAGAGAGAGAGAUAGAGCAGAGAGAGGGUACAUUUUGAGCUGCAGGCUACAGUGUUAAAUCCUUCAGAGCUUGUCAUAUCUACAUAAUUAAUAAUGAUAAUAACUUAGACAUUUUUUGGGUCAGCUGAGAUUAGCUUUGGAGUACAUUUUAAAGCUCUAUGCUUACUGUACCCGACCUGGGUAUAAACCCUCUACCUCGCUAUUGCCUUAUCUCAAUUCACUCUGGGUCGUUCCACGAAAUGAGUGUAUUUUGCAUCCCUUUGACAUUUUAAGUAGAAAUUGUGCACCAGUAAUGCAUUUUAAAGGCCUGUUAUAUUCAAUAAAGUGCCCUUUAAUAUAGACCACAUGGAUAAUUCAAUCAAUCUGAAAUUCAGCAUUUUCACGUCCCUCCGUGCACCCUCUGUGACUUCUAGGAAGAUUUUAAGAUGAUUAUUUAUUAGUGAUUUUUUAAGGUCAACCCUGUUAUGUGAACUGAACUCUCGUUGUAAUAUAUUGAAACUAUUACUUGUAAAAAAAAAAAAUUUAAGAAACAUUUAACAUCUAAUAGUCAUAUCAUAGUGUAAAAGUAGGUGAGCUGGUUCUACUCUUUUUCGCCAUUUGCUGAUGUUUUGUGGUGGAAAACUGAGCGGGUCGAGCAUAACACGUCAACCUCGUUACUCACAGAGAGACAGGAUUUUUUUGUGAAGCUUGCAUUGAAUUGCCACUCCCUGUUGCACACAACAAGCUUCCAUUCCCCCUGUCACAAGGGGAUUUAUGGCUGAUUAAAGAUGAAAUCUUCAACCCUGUUAUGGUCAACCCUGUUACUAUAUUUGGCACUUAAUAGGCACUUACUAUAGUAUUUUUUUUUAUUUAACCCCUUGAGAUGGGAAAAUAUGUUUUAUAUGAAGUUUAACAUGUGCUCCUCUCCUCUCCUCUCCUCUCCUCUCCUCUCCUCUCCUCUCCUCUCUCUCCUCUCCUCUCCUCUCCUCUCCUCUCCUCUCCUCUCCUCUCCUCUCCCUCCUCUCCUCUCCUCUCCCUCUCUCUCUCCUCUCCUCUCCUCUCCUCUCCUCUCCUCUCCUCUCCUUUUUCAUUCCUCUCUCUGCUCUCCCUUUCUCCUCCCUCAUCCCCUCUCCUCUCUCAUCCCUCUUUCAUCCCCUCUCUCAUCCCUCUUUCAUCCCCUCUCUCAACCCUAUUUCAUCCCCUCUCUCAUCCCUAUUUCAUCCCUCUCUCAUCCCUCUUUCAUCCCCUCUCUCAUCCCUCUUUCAUCCCCUCUCUCAUCCCUCUUCAUCCCUCUCUCUCUCAUCCCUCUUUCAUCCCCUCUCUCAUCCCUCUUUCAUCCCCUCUCUCAUCCCUCUUUUCAUUUCUCCCUCUUUCAUCCCUCCUCAUCCUCUUUCAUCCCCUCAUCCCUCUUUCAUCCCCUCUCUCAUCCCCUCUCCUCUCCUCUGUCUCAUCCCUCUGUGGUCUUUCUACAGGUGGGGAAUCUGGGUCUUCUCUUCAUGCUGCUCUUCUUUAUCUUCGCAGCACUGGGAGUGGAACUGUUUGGUGACCUCAGUAAGGACACUACACACACACACACACACACACACACAUACACACACACACACACACACACACACACACACACACACACACACACACACACACACACACACACACAGCUGCUCUGGGUAUAAAAUAUUCUCUGCUGGGGCUUAAUUCACAUUAGGUCUUAAUUGCUUUCUUUUGAUUCCUUUGUUGAAAUAAUUUAUUGAUUUCACUAAUUGUGGCUUUUAGCUUCCAGAUAAAUAUAAUUAUUUCACCGUGAUUAUGAUUUAAUUGGAAAGCUCUCUGUUACUGUGGAACACACACACCCAGCUCUCUCAUUUUCCCUCUCCCUCUCUCCGUUUCUCCGUCAGUUUGUGAUGAGCUGCACCCAUGUGAGGGCUUGGGGCGCUACGCUACUUUUAAGAACUUUGGCAUGGCUUUCCUGCUGCUGUUCAGAGUUUCUACAGGAGACAACUGGAACGGCAUUAUGAAGGUGAGACUGGGCCACCAUUUUGGAUCAACUAUUGCUUGUCACCAUUCUGGAUUUACAGUAUACAGUGUCUGUGUUGUGUCUCUUUCUUCAUGUGUUCAUCCACAUAUGUAUCUCCCCUCCAGGACACCCUGCGAGACUGUCAACAGGAGAAUGCAGGCACCUGUUACAACACGGUGGUCUCUCCUAUCUACUUUGUCUCCUUUGUGCUGACUGCCCAGUUUGUCCUGGUCAACGUGGUCAUAGCCGUCCUCAUGAAGCACCUGGAGGAGAGCAACAAAGAGGCCAAGGAGGAGGCAGAGCUGGAGGCUGAAUUAGAGCUGGAGCUCCAGCAUGGAGGAAGGGGAGGGGGAGGCAGUGGGAGAUCACCCCAGCUAAGCCCUCUGUCCCUGGGCUUGGAGGAGGGACCUGGGGGUUCCCCCUGGAGGUCUCCAGAGUGGGAGAUCCAGAGGAGGGGCAGCGUGAUGGAUUCUCCCCCAGCAGAUAUCACUAGAAGAGACUCCAUACACAUCAGCACUGAUCCCCCGCUAGGCCGGGAGCCACCACUAGAGGUGAGUGUGGUUGACACC